CGUACGAAGAGCGUUUCACAGCGUCUCACGCACGCACGUCUUUUUCCGGAUGUCAUCCCCUUCGUCGUGGCCAGUUAUCGUUGUGACAGGCGCUAACAGCGGCGUCGGUUUAGGAAUUUGCCAGCGUUUACUUGUUCAGCUGAUAUCCAGAUCUCCAACGGAUGCCCAACCUCAUUAUGAUUUCCACGUCCAAAAAACGACAACAACCGACGACGUCUCUUUCGACGGGUUGACUCUAAUUCUUGCUUGUCGUAGUAGACAACGAGGAGAGGCUGCUCGCGACAAAUUGUACCAAUUUGCAGACGAACAAGUUCGUCACUUUGAAAUCCUUUCAGGCUACGAUGGGCAUGCCGAGACCUUUAGAAAACACCUAACCAUCGUGGUCCAUACCGUAGACUUGUCGCGUAUUCAAACGGUGUUCCGAUUCGCUGACGAAGUCAUCAAAACGUACCCAUAUGUCUCACAUCUCAUUUGCAAUGCAGGAGUCGCUUCUUUCGUCAGCAUCAAUUGGCUUUUAGCUAUCAAGCAAUUUGUCAUGGACUGCGUUGAGGCCGUGACAGCUCCUAUAUACUACACGCAAGAAGUUGGACAAGUCAGUCAAGACGGGUUAGGGUGGGUAUGGCAGUGCAACGUCUUUGGACACUAUGUUCUGUUUCGAGCCCUGAAAUCCCACCUAGCAAAAUACCAAACGUCUACUGGCGCCCGCGUGAUUUGGAUGUCAUCUCAUGAAUCAAGCCCAAUUCAUUACAACCCUACAGACUGGCAGUUGAUCAAAUCUGCGCAUUCAUACGAAAGCUCAAAAUUCCAGAUAGACUUGAUCGCCCAUCAACUGGACCAGGUGUCACUCCAAGACUCUGACAAGUUGCCCACGCGACACCUGAUAGUACUACCUGGUGUCGCUGGCACAAACAUCGCCAACGCUCUUUUGGGUACUUUCUCAUCAAUGUGCAUGUUCCUGGCUUUCUAUCUCGCUCGUUUUCUUGGAUCUCCAUACCAUCUCAUAACCGCGUUCAAGGCAGCCAUCUCUGCGGUGCAUCUCUGCUUAGUGCCGUUGCCUUUGCUUCCCACAGUGAGCUCGACGGAGUUGGACGAUUCAGACCCUACAGCUACGGUUGAAGUGGGCUUCCGUUAUAUCUCAGAAUGUGACAGAUGGGGCAAAGAGCGUGUCGGUACGAUGAAGCUGACGCGUUCCAAAGAGCAUAACAACCAGUGUGAUGAGCUCUUGGACCGUUGCGAGCGACUUUUCACAGCAUUUUGUGAAGCAGAGGGACGUCCAGUACAUUCUUAACGAACCCGCCAGAUAUGUCAGGUUAAUAAUAAUUAUACCCUAUUUCUUCGACAUAUGUUAUGAUUGAGUUGAUUGUUAUUAGUGAUGGUGAUAGUAUUUAUUCGGGGAAUAAAUAUGCAACCGCCACCCACUCAAGAUUGUGAUGGCAGCUCUACUGCAAUUGUUGGUGUCGAACGAAAUAAUGGAAUUGUUCGUAUGUUAUCUGGUGCAGGACCUAUAGCGUCCAUCUUCUUGCGGGCACGGUCAGUUAUAACGGAGUUCGCCAUACCUCUCUCCAAACCCUCCAGCAGCGUGCAUGCCUUGCAAAGAUCAUUACUAGACAUAUACCCACAUCUCUUGCAUGUUUCUGCGGGCAAGUCAGUGUUAUAACUAUAACCAUGUGAAAAUGACAUCACUGACGCUGGGCCUUUUGAGUUGCCUUU